UCGUUUUGUUCGGUCUGGGCUAGGGUUUUAGAUAUUUAGGGUUUUUCGGUAUGUAAUACAGUAAUAGACCCUAACAAAACCCUCCUAUUUAACGUGAGAUUCUUUUUUUUUUUAACCCCUCAUCCCAAAUGGUUGAAUGCCUAUGACGAUUGAUGAGGCAAAACCCUAGGGCUUAUCCACAAUGGAAGACGAUGGUGAUGAUUUCGGCGACUUAUACGCGGACGUCGAAAUUCAAGCCAGCUCAGCAACCAAUGGUGCGCCAAACUUCGUAAGAUUCUACGAAAAUGACACCCACAAAGCAGAGGAUUUCGCCUCCGGUUCGGGUUCGAAGGAGCUCGAUAUCGGAGACGCCGGUUCGAGUCGGAAAAGUGAGAACGAGGAGUCGAAUGUGGUGGAUAAUGGAAGUGAUAGUGAAGAUGAUUUUAACAUUGUCUUGAAUGAUGAGGACGGCCAGAGGUUUCCGGUCCGGAGUGGUGUUGGGGUUCUGGGAGUGAGUGAUGGUGAGGAUGGCGAUGGAAUGGAGCAGGGUUUUGCAGGUGGUGAGAGAGGAAAUGGAGCGAAGAGUGGUUAUCAUUUGCAGUUUUCACAAUACAAGUACAUACGGUCUCACUCAACAGUGUUUCCAAGUAACGCAAAAGCCAAUGGGACUGCAAAGGUUGCUUCCUUCUCUUCAAUGUUGGCUAGAGGUGAUUGGGAGGAAAAUGGAAGCAACCAACAUAAGGGAUCAAGCUCAGUUGAAAUUGCUUCAACUCACACCAGAGCUGCUCCACUAGUAGCUCAAGGUGGAUAUGGUUUCUCACUUCCCUGGUAUAGGACUAUUCUAGAUGUUAAUAUCGAUACAUUUGAGCAGAAGCCCUGGAGGCAUCCUGGAGUAGAUUUAACUGAUUUCUUCAAUUUUGGUUUCAAUGAAGAAACUUGGAAAAAUUAUUGUAACUCCCUGGAACAAUAUCGAAAGAAGAUGCACAUACUGAACCAGACCCCAGUGUACCCAGUGUAUCACUCUUCAAAACCUAAUCAGACUGAAGAAGGUGGACUUGAGCAUGAGAAAGAUGGCCAAGAACCUGUCUGCAAACAGGGAAGUAUAGUUUCUCCUACUUCAAAAAGUACUGACAGGUUGGAACUGCCAAAAGGCAGAGCUAUUCAGGUUGAAGGUAGCACAGGUGAACGUCAACCAUCUAUGGAUGUACGGCGUCCACGUCAUCGAGAUUCUGGUGUUGUGAUACAUAUUGCUGUGCAGGACUCUGUGGAUGAUGAAAUAGACAAUAUAGAUAGCACUGAAGAUGAAUCCUCAGAAAAUGGGGAUUUUAAAGUGGGUGAUAACAAAGAUAUUCACUGUUAUGGUAGUGGCAAUGGAAACAAGCCGUGUCUGGAGAAAAAUGUCACAUUAGACAGGUCUUCUGUUCUGAAGAGGUCUUCCAAACUAUCAACUGCAUCUAAUCCAGUGUCUGUGGAUUCUGAUAAUGUUGGAACUGGAAAGAUUCCUGAUGGUGACAGACAUUGCUCUCAAAAUAUGAAUGCUUGUGUGCCUGAAGGAAUUUCUGAAGUGGUGGAUGCACUUAAUAACUCAAAGGAAAUGGUUGGAAGGAAUACAUGCAAUACAGAUCCAUGCAUGAUGGAAACAGAAUUAUCACUCGAUGAACAGGUUAGUCACAGCCCUAGCUCAUCCCGUCGUGGAAGUCAUUCUGAAGCAUCCCAAGAUGGUGGUUAUAUUGAUCCAGAAAAGAAUCAGAAUGCUAGAAGAAAGCCAUCAUCAAAUUUACUAACUGACCGACCAGAGUUGAUCAAAUCUGAGUAUUAUCUCCACAAGAGCUCUAAAAACAAAGUUGGCAAAACAAAACCAAUUGAUCAUAAAGAUUCUUUUAGAAAUAGAAGUCCUGUUCAGGAGGCAUGGAAGCAUCGUGAUUCCAGCGCUUGCAGUGUGGAUAAGAUGGCAAUCCGCAGUGGUAAUGAUGUUGCCUCCCCAAUGUCUAAGACAGUAGAUAGCCUGUAUGAUAGGAAUCAUUCAUCAGUUGGUAAUGGCAGACAGAAGGAAAGGCUGCAUGAUUUUGGUUCUCAUGAUGAUGAUGUCUCCCCCAUGUCCAAUUCAGAAGGCUUGCAUUAUAAGCAUUACUUAUCAGCAGGCCGUAGGCGACGGAAGGAGAGGUUGUGUGAUUUGGGAUCUUAUGAUGGUGAUUUCUCCCCCAUGUCUGACGUAGAGGGCAUGCACAGUAGGGCUCAUUCCUCUGUUGUACGUCAGGGAAGGAAGGAAAGGCUGUAUGAUUUUGGUUCUUAUGAUAAUGAUAUCUUCCCCGUGUCUGAGACUGAGGGGCUUAGUGAUAAGGGUCACUCAUUUGCUAGUCGCCGCAGACGGAAGGAACAACUGCAUGAUUUUGAUUCUUAUGAUCAAAAAGGUUUCUCAUAUUAUAGGGAAACAGAACUUUCCUUCAAUUACUGCAGUGAAAAGUUUGCUGACAAUCAUGUCCAAACUGCGUGUGCUGAAAAUCCUCAUUGGAAAGAUCAUCGGAGCUUUAGAGACGAGAUGUAUCCACAUUUCAGAAACAAAUAUAUUUUUGAAAAAAGAAUAACCAGAGCGGGCAACAAAAUGAUGGAAAGAGAUUGGUAUCAUCGUGAAAGGAACGUCAGUAUAGAGGACAUAGAUACUCUCACUCAUAGAGAGUCCAGGCGGUUGGUUUUGAAGUACUCCUACUCAGACAAAGAAAGGGAUACAAGACGGAGAAAGAAAAAUGACAAACUCCAAUUCCAAGAAGGACCUGAUAAUGAUGAUGAUUUGUUUCAAUGUAAAAAUACAGAUGAUGUUGCACAAGAAAAAAUCACAAGAUCUGUUCCAUUCAUGUGCAAGGAGAGGAAUUCUUUGGCUGAAAAAUAUGGAAGACACGUGCCAAGUACUGGGAGAAAAGUAAAUUUAUAUGGGAGAAGGAAGAGAUAUGAGGACGGUCAUUUGGAUUUGGAUAGUUCCUGGUCUAUUGGGGUCGAGGAUGAAUAUGGAAGACAUGUGGAUCAUCAGUCUUUGUCUUCUCGGUCUUACAGAGAACCUCAUACAGCCAAUGGAAGAAAUGAUGUGAAUGAUUCAAGAUUAACUGAAAGACAUGGGAGAGAUAGGAGACAAAUAUGUCCUCAAGGACAUAGAGAAAGUGACUGGUUUGGCAAUGAUAAUGAUGCCUAUAACACUAAAGACAGUAUCAUUGGUCCUGACGAUCAGGUUCACAUAGGGAGACGAAGAUCAAGACGGCAAUAUGAAGCAUUGCACUGGACUGAGAAGGAAUUAAUCUCCAGUCAUCUAGAUGAAAAUUUGUAUAAUGAGGAGGCAUCACUUUCCUAUGAAAGGACUUCUGGGCACACAAGGAUUCAUACUAAAUAUGGAUCUGCCCAUGUUGGGAUGCUUGUACAUAACAAGAAAUCACAGCAGCAAAGAUACAAAAGGAUAAGAGAAGGAAGAAGUGAUGAUUUUAUUAAUAGAAGUUCUAAUGUUCUUGGUCAAGGUAAUCAUGAACAGACAGUCUUGAGGAGCAGGGCAUCGGUUGACUUGAUUGUAGGGGAAGGAAAGUCCUCUGGAAGACGCUCUGAAGCCAGAAGUGCAGUGCACCAUGACAGGUUUGAAAACAUGGAUUGGAAGAUUGAUGAGGAUCAGGGAAUUCUCAAGGAUGUCAAUGGACCUCAGAGAGGGAAGAUCAUCCAACCUGACCUCAAAAGUGAAAGCAACUGGAAUAAUGAGAAAUGUCUUGAUAAGUUUCUGGUUACAGAGCAUGAUGAAGCUUUGGAUAUCGAGGAGGGUCAGAUCAUACCAGAAGAAAUGAACAAGGAUGACUCAGUGGAAACAAAAUAUGCUUCUGAAAGUAUAACACCAUCCAGAAAUGUGAAAAGAAGAUUGGGCAAUGCAAAUGCUGCAAAUGGGAAUAAGGUUGUUGCAGAAUGCGACAACCAACGGAUUCUCCAGACGCUAGCAAAGAUGGAGAAACGACAGGAGCGGUUUAAGGAGCCCAUCACUCUGAAAAAGGAGCCAGACAAGAUUCCAAAGCCUCAAGUUGAUCCAAUAGUUGAGAUGGCUGAAACCAUGCAACAAAGGCCACUGCGAAAGAGGCGAUGGAAUGGCAGCUGAGAAUCCCAAAAACCAUAGCUACAUCCUUAUGCCUCAUUUUUUGUUGGAAAUGGGAAAGAUGGCCUCAUCCCCACCAACAAUCUGAAUGGGACUGGAAGCAGGCUGGUUAUAACAAACAACAGAACUGAGAAACCGAAACACAUUGGGCGCAGGUUCGUUGAGUUUUCAUUUUUCCACAAAAAUCAAAGAGGUCUGUUUCUCAGAACUCUCCACAUCUUCUGUAUGUAAUAAAGUUCUCACUGCGCCUCAUAAUAUUGAGAAAAACAAAAAGUUCACAAUCCCCUGUUGUUCUAGCUCUGUAUUAAAAGGGCUGUAAGCUAUUCUUUAUUUGCUUGUAAGACUAGAAAAUUGGUUUGUAGCUGAUUAUCUCUAUAUGGGAUUUCAAUUCCAUAAGCUUCUAAGCUUGGAGAGUGAAUGUAGUUUGGAAGUUCUCUUCGAUCCA